UAUUCGUUUUUGAGGGGACACACUCAUCUCGAUUAUACUACUAGUGAACUCCAAAAAUCCCUUGUGUUUCUUUUGUUCUGCUCCCCUCUCCCUCCACCUGAAUCUUCUCCCCUUUUUCUCCAUUGAAGCAACAUCAGUUGAAUCGGAGAAAGACCCAAAAAGCAAAACAGAUGGCAGCAAAUGCAUCAACAGAGGAGCCGAUUCCCACAUCGGCGGUUUUAAUGGCAUCAUCAAAGCACAUAGGAUUAAGAUGCCGCGAUGAAAAUCUUGCGUUUUUGAAGUGCAAAAAGAAAGACCCUAAUCCUGAGAAAUGCCUUGAUAAGGGUCAACAAGUCACCCGUUGUGUCUUUUCCUUGCUAAGAGACCUUCAUCAGAAGUGCACAAAAGAGAUGGAUGCAUAUGGCAGUUGCAUGUAUUACCACACAAAUGAAUUUGAUUUAUGCCGCAAAGAGCAGGAAGCAUUUGAGAAAGCAUGUCCACUGGAAUGAUAGGAAGCUGAUAACUCUUUGGUUUGUUGUGCUCGUCAUACUCAAGCUCAUUCCUGCUAUAAACUCUGUUGUUCAUUAUGAAAGUGAUUGAUGCGGAACUAAUAAAUUUUGUGGCUGUUUCUCUCUGAAAUCACUGAGGAUAGUGGUUACUUUUGAGUAUUAUGUUGAUAGUGGAGAUAGGUGAUGUAUCUCCCAAGUCCAACCAGAAUACACAUUUUUUGUGGUUCGUUAGCACUGAUUGCCAGCAUGAGCUCGGACUAUUUGCCAUUAAUUAGUGCAGGUAUCGGCUGCUACGCAGUCGAAGAUCAA